GCAUUAUUGUAAAUACUAGCUCGGUGGAUCACUUUCAUUACUGGGACCAAAAUAAGACAGCAGCUCAGGUCCAGCAGUGAUUGGUGAGUUGGUGGGGCACUCCUCAGCAAGAUGGCUGCAUUGCUGCGCGCAAUAGUGGCAUCCUGGUGAAAUGACGCAAGCCACAGUUUACGUUCAGUCCUCGAGGCUCUGAGCUCUCCGGUCUCCACAGCGCAGAUCCCGCCCGACUCACAGCCGGAAGACCGACCGGCUAUCCUCCAGUGGAUCGAGCGGAACCGGUUCAUCUGAGUGAGAGUGCGAUGAGGAGAGGUUUCAGAGUGUGAGGCCAUGGGCUGCACCUCGGCCAAGCAGGUGUCGGCCGUGCCCAACGAUGAAGAGGGACGCGGCAAGGCCUACAGCAACGGAGACCUCUUCACCGACGAAUACAAGAUGAAGGGAGUGGAGGAGGUGAAGUACAUGAGAGGGGAUGAAAACCGGGUGAAUGCACGCAACCAGGAGAACCUGGAUAAGAGUAAUGUGCAGUACAGGGGCAAACCGCAGAAAGAGGUCUCUUCAGCAAACAUCAAGUCUAAUAUUCACACGUCAGAGAGCCAGCAGGAAUUUUUCAGGAUGCUGGAUGAGAAGAUUGAGAAGGGGCGAGACUACUGUUCGGAGGAGGAGAUGGGGGAAGACGGGACAUAGCACAGAGGCCCUUAAGAUUGACCCCCACUGUGUGUGUGUGUGUGUGUGUGUGUGUGUGUGUGUGUGUGUGUGUGUGUGUGUGUGUGUGUGUGUGUGUGUGUUGAAUCAGUGUUUCACCAAUGGGGCGUUAAGGGACACUGUAUGUGUUGGUAUGAGCAUGCGUGUGUUUUUGAAUGUAUGGCAAAGAUAGUAUUUUAAUCGAAAGUGAAAGAGUGGGGGAUAAAUGUGAGACCGAGAAAGAGAGAAUGGGAUGAAGAAGACUUUCUUCAGCAACUACAGCCGUCUUCUCUUAGCGCCUCAUCCCUUCAGGCCCCUGAGCGGACAGAUGGAGGUGGCGGAGCAAUGAAGGGACAGACAGAUGAAAGGAGGGAGAGAUGGAGGAGGACAUGACGAAAAGGACACAGUCGGGCCAAACAGUAAUUUCCUCAAGCAGGACAGCAGCAGCUCCUCAUCCUUCCAUCUGUUCCUCCGUAUCUGUCCGUCUGUACCACCGUAGUCCGAUCCUGAAUAUUUAAGCCCUGCAAAUGGACAAAGGAAGUGAGGACAAAUGUCUUUGGUGGGUGUGUGAAGGACUGAGAGACACAUAAGUCAAGAAGAAAGGAAGCCCUGAGAAGAAAAUAUGUUUAAAAGCAGAGGAGUUGCGUAACAACACCAGGAUCAACACAGAACUUUUUUGGCCUGCCUACCUACAGCCAGGCCAGCCUGGGCCAUGACGAACUGAGAGAAUGGGUGAGCGCGGGUGAGGGAAGAGAGAGUGUAAAAUUUGUGAUAUUUUAAUAAGAGAGAGUAGGGAGCGAGCCGGUGAUUUAGAAACUCAAAACUCCUCCUGCCUUCUGAAGUCAAGGACCUUUUUUUUAUUAUUGUGUUCCGCUGCCACUUGUUCAGUUAUUUUUUCCCCUUUCUGAUUUUUUUUUUUUUUUUUUUUGCUUUACUCUUGGCUUCCUUCGCAGUGUUUCAUCAUCAUCAUCAUCAUCAAUUCCCUUAUCAUCCUCAUCACCACAGCAGGCACACUAACGCUGUGUUAAUUCAGAGCAUCUGUGUCUCGACCCAAUCCAUCCUCCUUAAUAUACCAUAAUACUGCAGAUCCUAGCUGACACACACAUAUAUACAGACACACACACACACACACACACACACACACACACACACCAUGGAGUCUUUUAAUGUACAUUUUGUAGCACACUCUCAUUCCAACACUCAGCAUGUACAUAUAAACCACACACACAGAUAUCCCUUUCAUUUCACCAGCAGACUAUCGUGUGCAUCAAUCAGAGGUAUUCUGUAAAGCUCUAUUUCUGCUUUGAUUCAGUUUCAGACACAUCCAUACACACUGGCACUGAAGCAGAAAUUUGGGCUGAGCUCAAGUAGAGGAUGGGGCGGUUGUGUAGACACAGACUGGAUCACAUUUUCUGUUGUCAUCUUUACCGGAUACUUCCUUGUUGUAUUAUUUUGAAUACUUUUUUUCUAUUAAAAAUAAAAACGAAGAAGCGCUUAA